AUUUACGGUUCCAUAUAACGCGAUUUAGUUACGAUUUAGUUAACAGCAGAUUAAGAGUGAGGUCCACUUGGAAAUGGUUCGUGAUAGGUACGGUGACUAGGAUGGCUGGCACCGGCCGGCACAAUGCAACUUGCUGACAGCAGCCUCUGCAGUCCACAUUCUCAUACCGAUCAUACGCUAGCGCGGCAAGGUCACGUCCACGGGGCCAUGGCGCCUGAGAGAGAAGGACCAGACAACAUCGUUUCUCUCUCCACUCUGCCUCCUCAUCCAAACCUCCAAACCGUCCAAAUCACCCAAACGAUUCAAAUAACUCGGGAAACGAGGUGCUGACGCCAGGAAUCGAACCUCUUGCACGGCCAUAACGGUUACGAGCUAACGAGGGGCGGGCACUCGUCGAGAAGGGCACGUGAUAAAACAUGUGAACGGCGGCGUCACUCUACGCGGAAUGUGUCACGUGCCCGUGAAUUUCGCGCUCUCCUCUUUGAAUUUCCCGCCACUCGUUAGCUCUCUGGACCUCCAAGCUCCAAGGCCACCAAGGGAUAUGAACCGGUUUCGAAAGCUGUUCGUGCGCGGAUUCGCCGACUGUUUUAUCAACUGAGAUUUCUCCAAAGAUGCUCUGAAGCAAGGCAUGGCAGACACAGCGAGUUGUUCUUCGGGGGAAGAAGACGAACAGCAGCACGAGUGCGUCGUAUGCCCACAGUCGUUCGACGACUACACAAGUUAUUACAAGCACCUCAAGUCACACGAACCAAAACCGUCCGAUCCUCGACUUGUCUCGGACGAAGCACGACUUCCGGAUGGGACCUACCGGUGUCUCGUCUGCAACAAAGAAUGUGGGAAAAGACUAUACAUGCUCAGAGGACACAUGACGGCACACUUGUCUGGCAAGCCCUUCCGGUGCCCCAAAUGUUACAAAACUGUGAAGAGUGCACUCUCUUUCGUGAAGCACAUGAAGAGACAACACAGCAAAGGGUAUUGCUGCAAGAAAUGUGGCAAGCAAUUCAGUUCCGCUGGAUCGUGCAAGCACCACAUGAAGAGGCGGCACAACCGCAAAGAACGCUGCGAAGUCUGUUUCAAGGUGGUCCACAAGAGCUACUUGGAGAGACAUUAUUUCCUACACACCAAGGAAGUGUCUUUCGAGUGCGUACUUUGCUCGGAGAAGUUCAUCCUUCAUGAUUAUGCCGCCAAACACUUAAGGAAGGAUCAUCCUGAAGUCGAGGACCCUAACCUCUUCAUUCAGGAGUGUAGGCAAACCGAAAUAAAUGAUGACGACGAAAAGAACGAAGAACAACAUGAAACUUGUCACAUCUGCAAGGCGGAGUUUGUCUCACACUGGGAGUACGUGGUGCAUGUGACCCUGGGUCACCUGACAUCGUCGCUGCAGGAUGGCGUCAUCAGCAGAGGCACAAAAUGCCAAGGCAAACGUGGAACAUCCAGAAAGCCACGCAUCAGUCCAAGCCACGAAAUUUCUUCAGACAAAGAGCCACUCUACAAGUGUGUCGUCUGCCCGGAAGCAUUCGUUAAGCCAUCUGACUUCCUGGAGCACCUCCACGGACAUGCCCCGGAACCCCAAGACCCUCGUUUGCUGUCGGAAGCUCGUCUUCCAAACGGACAACGCCAGUGUCUCAUCUGCGGUACAACAAUGGACUUUCUGAGCCAGCUAAGAAUGCACCUUAUGGGGCACUCUUCCAAAGAACUGUUCCCAUGUCCACUGUGCAGCAAGCCUUUCAAAACACCGUACGCUUUCCUCCAUCAUCUGGAAAAACAUUCGACUGGAAGGAAAUUGCAUCAUUGUACAAUUUGCGACAGGGGUUUCCUGACAAAAUUCUACCUGUCCACUCACGCGAAGGUGGCUCACAGCAAGGACAAAAACAAGACACGUUGCGAGGUAUGCUUCAUGGUGAUAUCCAGACAAGACGAGCUGCGACACUAUUACAAGCACACGGGUGAGAACUUGUGCGCGUGCACCAUAUGUGGCAAGCAGUUGAGUAGCAGAACUAUAGCGAUUAGUCACGUGAAAAGAUUCCAUCCCGAGGUGGAACAUCCUGUCAAGUCUAUUCGUCGCUACAAGGAAUCCCCAAGUAUCGAGAAAGAAUUUCAGAAGAAGCAGGACAAAAGAAAGAAGGACAGGAAAUGCGAUAUCUGCUUGAUAGAGUGCAGGAGUCGCACAGACUAUGUGGUACAUACUAUCAUGGGACAUGGCACUAGGCCUAAUCUGGAGGGUAGCGCAAGCGACGUAUGUGGACGCAGCGUCGUGAACAAACGACGAGGAGCACACAACGCCGAUGCCGCAUCUGGUAGUAGCGUUGUGAACCCUUACAAAUGUGUCGUCUGUCCUGAUAGCUUCGUCUCCACAACAGAGAUCGUCAGCCACUUGCGUGGACAUGAUGAGAAGCCCGAGGAUCCUCGUGUGUUAUUGGAAGCCGAGCUUUCUGAUGGGAGGUACCAGUGCAAGAUCUGUCAACACAUAAGCAAAACGAAACACAAUUUUGCUGUCCAUUUCAACUCCCACACCAAAUCAAGAAAAUUUCAAUGCCCCAGGUGCCCGAAAGCGCUAAAGUCUUCAUGUACGUUCUUUGAACACUUGGAGCAGCACCUGCAAAACCGUGGGGGACAUGGCUGCACAAUUUGCGGUGCUGUGUGGACAUUUAGAAUUGGUCAACUGGAUACAGAGAAUCCCGAAAGCCCGUAUAACUGUGCCUCGGUGGUAUUCAAGUCCGCGCAGUUCUUGUGUGGAACUGGAAUUGUUUUCGUUGUGCUUUGUUGCUUCUGUACAUUUGCGUCAAUUAAUUACGAUAAUUAGACACAUCAAACGUCACGCUGUAUGAGAGGGCUCUAUAUACCAUGUGACAUAAUGGUGGAGAGCAAGUCGUCCGUUGAAAGAAUAGCUAAAAAGCAAAGAAGCGCGUGACUUACGUAGCAUAACGCCGCUGAACGUGUAAAAAGGGGGUGUUUUUGUAAAUAAAGCAACGCUUUUUUUUAAUGUAUAAUGUCAACGUUAAGUAAUGUCAUAUCACCUGCCUACCUGCCCCGACUGAGCGUGAUGUCACGCACGCCUAACUUGCGCUAGCUCGCUUGCAUUUUAUCCCUGUGUCCUACACAACGGCGUAUGCCAUCCUACUGUGUAAGACAAGACACCCGGAAGGUGUAAAUGUUCUUAACCCCUUUUAUUGUCACUUGUUCCUUUUUUAUCCUGCAGGCUCAACUGAAAGGUGUACCACAGUAUUGAAAAAGGCGUUUGCAGAACACACGUCUGAAGCAGUGUUUUCAAUGAAAUACCCCCCCUUCCCCGAAAUGGUGCUUUCUUUAUAGAAUACACCAUGUAGAAAGGUGUCUACGAAACACCUUUCGGCGUGAAACCUGUAAAGUCUUUGAUACGCUUUCGUUUUCUAUACGAUGUGCUGUGCUGGUAAUUGCAAGAUUUAAUGCAGAAGAAACGUCUUAUGGUAAAAAAGCACGCGAUUUUUAAUGUUUCAUAUAUUUAUAUCGCUCACUACGCGUGUUUUUUCGAGUAUGUAAAUGGUAUUGGUAACAUUCGGCUACCGUGCUACUCUUCUGUGCACCUCUAACUGUAAUUAAAUUUUACGUGCCUUUUACGUGCAUGUGAAGCUCGAAUAAAGAAAGGCUGUGUAGCUGAUUGUGCUAACGGAAA